AGCUGAUUUGCAACCCGCCGAAGCAUCAGCAGAGAAGAAGGAAAAAUGUCGCCGGCGUCGACGCGGACCGUUCUAGGAUCAGUGGCCUUUUAGGAAAACCCAGACGGCCGUUCGAAUGAAACUUCUGCUGUAGCGAUGAAGCUAAGCGUCAUGAAACCAGAGAAAGAAAGUGAAAUGUAACUGUUUUAAUGUGGUAGAUUUUGCCAUAACUGCAGAGGGACUCUGUUCUCCUUUUUGUUGGUUAAGCUUUAAACAUAAACAUUUAACAACAGAGGAGUGUACUGCAGCACUACAGGCCUCUGAGGUAACUUGAUCUGAUAAUUAAAGCGUCCAGAGCCUCCUCCCCCUGCAGGUUGAAAGGUUAAAGUUCUUUUUUUUUGCAAAGACAUGGACCAGUCUGCUAGAAUGGUGGGUCUGGAUGCCCAGGGGAACAUGGUUUUCACCGUGGUGAAGCCGGUUAUGGGCAUCUUUCAGGUGCCUUCGGAACAAGCUGGCAGCGUAGCACAAGGCGGCAUGAGCCUUCAGGGUUUAUCCGAAAACACGUUAGUCCUUCCCCAAGCACAAAAUCAGACGCCCAUAGACCACGACCAGCUUGAAAUGCACGCCAUAGAGCCCGGCAUCCAGGCCCAGAUGCAGGUUACUGACGCGGUCCAGACCGAGGACGUGAACCAGAAUCAGGAGCAGCCUCCAAACAUGAGCGUAAAUUCAGACUCCGCGAGCCAGAUGCCGUUUGCAGAGGUGUCGUCUCUCCUGGAUCCCAACAUGAAAGGAUCUAAAGCUCGAAAAUAUCUCAUCUCGUACGAUGAAAUUAAAAGGCGUCUGCAGGCCCCAGAGAAGAUGUCCCUGCGCUCCUUGGCGGCGUACACCCGGGUCAGCAGAGGCCCCGCCAGCAAGAAAACACUCCUAGAGUCGCUCAAUGUACUCGGCCUCACGCCGAGCACGACUACCUCCGUGUCCUCCUCCUUCUCCAAACUCACCGAAGGUGACACCCAAGCUUUGUGUGACGACAUGAAGGACUUUGCCCAUGAUUACAUCGACUACAACAACAUGGCUAAACAGCUCAUCCCAGAGACAAAUACGGUCCAACACUGGUCCAAAAUUAUUGAAACUAAGAACCACCUUGAGGAUAUGAGAAAAUGUUUCAAGGAUCCGGUCAACAGCGGUGCGUUCGACAGCGUCACUCAUGGCCUCGGCCUUGGGAUGCUGGACAUCGCUCUGGACAUGAUCAUCAUGGUAAUCGAGCAGCAGAUUCGCAUCCUCUCGGGCGCAGCGGCGUCGGACCCGGUCAACUCCGGUCCGCUGAUGCGCCGCAUCCGCAGGCGCCACCGCAAAACUCGCUCGGCUGACAACGAGAAGCCCCACAAGGUGUCGGGAGGCGUGAAAGAGCAAGGGAAGGCGAUCUCAAAAGACAAAGCUCGGGCCAAAGCAAGGAAGAAGGUCACACAGGAAGCUGUUGCUCCGUGUCAUGUGGAGAACCAGGCAGAGCAAGUCAAGCCAGAGGACAUGGAGAGCAACGUGCUCACCCUGGUGUCUGUGGGCUACGAGACGGUUUCCAGUGGCCUCAGUACAGACGAACCUGUGACGCCCAAUCACAUGACUUCUUAAGUUCUAAAGACACAAUCACAGACUGUUUCAAACUCAUACUCAGCGAUCGGACACCGUCUUUGCAUAUUCAGUUAUGGGUGGAGAUCAGAGCUAACCACAGCUCACCAGCAGUUGGUUUCUACGGUAACGCUACAAACUCUUGGAAAGUGUUUGCUGGGUUUUGCUCAAAUUGAACAAAAUCCUAUCAAUUAUGCUAAAGCUCACACACUGACACCUUUUCAUUUUAAUGCGUGUGUGCAAAAAUCAGAGUAAUAAAACGAGUGGUUUUACAUGAGCUGUCUCUCGAGUGUGAGCCGCUGACAUGUGACUUUAUCGUUCAGCCGUUGCACGGAUUAAACAAUCAACGGUUUGUGUUAAUUAGUCAGCUAAGAUGUUGUGGGUUUUCGAAUUUUGUUGAAGAAAAGUUUCCAGUCUUAAUGCUAAGCUAGGCUAAUCGGCUAACAUGCCCACGAGUUUACCAUGUAGGUGAGUGUGGUAUCAAUCUCCUCGUCUAAGUCUGUGCAAGAAGGCCGCAAAGCACAUUUGAAUGUCAAACUAUUCCUGUCAAGUGAAUCAGCAUUUUUUGUGUAUGUGUUGUCUAACUGAGUUGAAUCAUAUGUUGUUGUUUUUUUUCAAGUUAUGUGUUCAAUGAAGAGACAUUUUACAAAUGAAAACCUGAUGAACGACUGACUGAGGAAACAUUUCCAUGCACAAGUAUAACCUACCAUGCAGAUGAGACAAUAUUAGAGAUUUAGGUUCGAUAUUUUAAGCUGGUGGUACCGUGUCUCCUGAUUAUUUGUUAUAUUUAUUUCUGAGAUUUACACAGCUGUAGUAGAACAUGCAAUUUUUCACUGAAGCAAUUGAGUAAAGUAUAAAAAAUAAUUAGUUUUCAGAA